ACUAGUGUGCAUUGCAGUAGAAGUGGUUAUCGGGGCAUCCUCUUUAUUUUAAAACAAGACAUUGUAUUGUUACUUACGAGCGCGGGCUGAUACAUUAAAUGAAACAUUUUUGAGGCCAAGGACAUUGUUAUUUUAGUCACUACCCAGUUUUUGGAAAGUCUUUGAUGGUGUAGUGCUAACGAACUAGCUCGUUAGCUUUGUAGGUAAUUUUGAAAGUUAGUUUAGCCAGCUAGUUUGUUGGUGCCUGAAAAUGGGCCUCACCAUUUCAAGUGUAUUUUCCCGUCUCUUUGGGAAGAAGCAGAUGAGAAUUCUAAUGGUGGGUCUUGACGCUGCUGGGAAAACUACAAUACUCUAUAAACUGAAACUUGGAGAAAUAGUCACUACUAUACCAACUAUAGGCUUUAAUGUGGAGACAGUUGAAUAUAAGAACAUCUGCUUCACUGUGUGGGAUGUGGGUGGCCAGGAUAAGAUCAGACCUCUCUGGAGACAUUAUUUCCAGAACACCCAGGGGCUUAUCUUUGUGGUGGACAGUAACGAUCGAGAGCGAGCCCAGGAAGCCUCUGAAGAGUUGCAAAAGAUGCUUCAAGAGGAUGAGCUGAGGGAUGCUGUUCUGCUGGUGUUUGCCAACAAGCAGGACUUACCAAAUGCCAUGCCCAUCAGUGAGAUGACAGACAAACUAGGCCUACAGACGCUGAGGAGCAGGACUUGGUAUGUCCAGGCAACCUGUGCUACACAAGGGACGGGUCUGUACGAGGGAUUGGACUGGCUCUCCGAUCAGCUCUCCAAACGCUAAGCCGAGACUGUUGGGUGAUCUGGAGUUCAAUUUUAACAAAGAACUGACGGGGACCUGGGUGAGGAAAGGCAAUCGGUUGUUAUUUUAGUUUGUUACCAAAAUUUACACCUGAGAUAUCUUGACGUUUUGUUUUUUUUUUUUUUCUUUCUUUGGAGUGUAUGUGUGUGUGUAUGUAUGUGUGCUUUGGCUGAACUGAUCCAGUUUUUUGCCCCGUUGCUUCAGUAGGCAUGCAAAAAUGCAUGCUGGUCAAAGCUCGAUUUCAAAUGUCAGAAGUCAGGUUAAUUAGGAUGUGAGGAAGGCGCAGAGGUGCACAAACCAAAGGCUGCAUUUGAAAGCUUUCUUUCUCAUCACUUUUCAUGACAGGAACAAUUUAUAUUUAUACAGAGGUUUAUGUCUCUGAUCCCAUGAAAUCAAAAUCAUUCCAUUCCAUUAAUCAUUCCCCACAUUAGUGUACUGUUACGCUGACUAAUCUCUCUAGCUAUGGCUAACUAUGUAAACCUGUGAAUUUGUCUCCAGUUAUUACAGCUUCACCAGUACUUACUGCUAUGUUUCUCUUGCUUUGCUCGAAGACAGUCCAUGCAAAUUAUUCCUUUUAAAGUUGUGUCAUUUGUACUGAUGAGCCAGAAUCUGUUAUAUCUGGUGUUUGUUUUUUUUCCAUUUUGAAAAUUGAUUCAUAAUAUCUGUGCUUCAUUUGCUAUUGGUGCAUUACUUUUGAAAUUUGAAAAUCCAAAACUUGUUUUAAUGAAGUGAGCAUUGCAAUCUAGUUGUUUGUUUUCCCAUUGUAAUUCCUAAUAAAAAAAUAUCCAC